AUGAAAGUUGUUUUCCUUUUAUUUCUGCUCGUAUUGUUGUUGUUUUUUUCUCAACCUUCAAUUGCCUCUGAUAAUAGCAAGCUCAGGAGAACUUUUCUAAAAGUAAUUACUCAAUGUUCAUGUCAAGAACAAGUAACAAGUACUUUGGAAGACUUCAAUGCAUGUAGAAUGGGUUCAUUUAAAUAUCAAGGAGCGGGUGAUCAUGUUCAUUUCACUACUGAACUCGACCACAAAACUUAUGUACUAUUGAUGAAGGAUAAGUAUGUAGUUUUGACAGCAGGAGGUGGUGAAGGUUUUGAUGGAGUGAAUGGUACAGUGUGUAGAAAACCUGGUUAUGCUGGAGAUGGUGAUUUGGCCAUCAAGGCAUUGAUGAAUAGACCACUACACAAUUCUAUUGAUCAAGUUACAGGGGAUCGCUACUUGACUGAUUCGCGCAAUGACUGUAUUCGAAAGGUUUCGAAUCAGUACAUUGAUACUGUGGUAGGAACUGGAAAGUUUGGUACUGGUACACUUGUAGAUGGAUUGCCUGCAACUAGUGUAAGCUUGGACAAUCCAGUCAGCACAGUUUUUGCUGCCAAUCAGCUCUUCAUUCAAGAAGCAAGAGGAAUUCUUGUGGUUAAGAAUGAAAUCAUUUCCAUCUUUAUUGAUCCAAAAGCAACAAACUUUGAAAUCACAACAUUUGGGGUAUCUCCUGAUGGUUCAACAGUUUAUGUGGCCAUGCUACAAAACGGAUCUUCCUAUUUGAAGCAAUAUCACGAAAACGGCACUUGGACAAACAUUAUGGGAACAUCAAAAAGACAAUUAGAGGUUAGUGAAUUUGGACACAAUAAGAUGGCUUUUAAUUCUUCUCUCUACUUUGUGUCUGAUAUAGUGUUUACUAAUUAUGGUACUGUUUAUAUAAUUGACAAUUACUUUCACAAUGAUUCUUCAUUGAUCAAAGCCCAGGAUCCAAGAAUUAGAUACCAAUACUCUGCAAUACAUAGAUUAGAAGUUGAUGGUUCCUUUACCACUUUGCAGGUGUCUGAUGUCGAUACAAGGUUUAGCGAUUUAGAUGUUCAUCCAGAUGGAAAUAGGUUUAUUUAUUCCACCAGUGAAGGGAAAACCCAGUCUUUUAUUGCAGAAUAUGAGAUUUAUUGCAAUGAAGGAAAAGCACUUUCAAUCGAUAAGAGAAGAUGUGUUCCCAUUUGUGGACAAUAUUCUUCUGAGCAUCCAAUGGUCUGUAAUGGUCACGGUUCAUGUUUAGACAAUGGUUUAUGUAACUGCACUGAUGGAUGGAGCCAAAUUGACUAUUGUGAAACUCCAAUUUGUUUUGAGGAUUCCUCAGAUUUUGGAGGUUGUACAGGUCAUGGAAAAUGCAUUGGUCCUGAUGAAUGUGCAUGUUUUAAAGGUUAUGCCAGUAGUGAAGAUGAAGAGAAAAGAUGUCAAUUUACACUUUGCCAUGGAACACUAUCUAAUAAUCAUUCACAUGUAUGCUCAGGAAGAGGAUCAUGUGUAGAAGUAGACAAUUGUGAGUGUUAUACUGUGAAUGGAGCUCUAGCCUAUCAAGGAGAUAAUUGUGAGUAUGCUCUCUGUCAUGGAAUUUGGUCAUAUGAUACAAUGGUUUGCAGUGGAAAUGGAAGUUGUAUAAAUCUUGACGAGUGUCAUUGUCAUAAGGAUUAUUGGGGAGACAAUUGCCAACACAAAUAUAGCAACUCAAUAAUUUUGGGUGUUGCUGUUGGUGGUUGCUUGCUAGUGAUUGUAAUAGUAUUGAUUGGUAUUGUUUGGUUUACUAUAACACGCAAGAACAACAAAUUAAAAGGUUCUAAUCAACUCUUGGCCAAUGAAAAGGAACAAUUACUGGGUGAUAAGAAGCAAUUAGCAGGUUCUUAUCAACGCUUGGCCAAUGAACAGAAUCAAUUAUUAGGUGAUUACGAUCGUUUAAAUAAGAAAUUCCAAGACUUGGAAAACCAAAAAAAUCUCGAGAUCAAUAUAGAACAAAAUGGCAAGGUUGUCAUGAAACAAAUUAAUCUAAAAGAUAUUGAAAACAAUGCAAACAGGUAUAUAUCUUUUGACUACUUAGGUAAUUUCGGUAUUAAGAAAAUUGCCGAGAUUAACAUGACAAGAUCAUUUCUAAUUCAUAGUCGUAUUUUCGAUUAUCAAAAGAAUGAACAGAUGAGCAAUGUUGUUGAAAUAAUUAGCAUUUUCACUCAAAAAGAUGCUAACCAUCCUCGUCAAUAUAUUGCUUUGAGACACUAUCCAAAUGAUAGGUUAAGAGAAGCAUCCUCGGUAGUGAAACAGGCUAUAUUCACUUUAGAAGGACUUAAAAAAGCCUUCUUAAGCAUGUGUUUAGAAAUUUCAAAUUCUAAAAUAAAACAUAUUCUGUUGUGGUAUUCAAAUUGA